CCCUUCAAUUUAGAGAAUCCCUUACUAGAAAUAGGUGCAAGAGAUCGAUACCACCAUCAUCCACCACAUCUAAAUCUAAAUCAAUUAAGCCAUGGCCAACCAGCUUCUUCAAACCUUAACUCCUCUCCUCUCCUCCAUCAUCCUCCUCCUCGCCGUUUCCAACACGGCGUUGUCCCAAACGAUGUCCUUCGCCUACGACUUCACGGUCGACCGGCCGAUAGAUCUCAUCUAUCAAGGCAACGCCCACUUCCCGACGGACUCCACCUUCCUCCGCCUCACAGACGCACUGCCGUGCCAUGUCGGCCGCGUCUUGUACUCGAAACCGGUCCAAUUCGGGCAGUCCGGUGGUCAGGUCGACUUCGAAAGCACCGUGAACUUCAUCAUCACCCCCGGCGCCGCCGACAACGAGCCUGCCUACGGCCUCGCCUUCUUCAUUGCCCCCGUCGGCUCCACCAUCCCCCUUGGAUCCUGCGGGGCCAACCUCGGAAUCUUUGGCCCCAACGGCAAUAGCCCCUCGGUCUUCGCCAUGGGAAUCAACGCCCACGUCAACGACGCGUGGGAUCCGAACUAUCCCCACAUCGGCAUCCACAUCGAAUCUCGGAUACCCCGCAACUUGACGAAGUUCAAUAGCAACAUACUCGGGCGGCAGGUGACUGCGUGGAUCACCUACGUCGGAGCCACGAGGAUGAUCUCCGUCCGUGUCACCGCCGGCUCGCAGACGUUUGAUGUCAGCUAUGAGUACGAUUUGAGCGACUUACUUCCUCAGCAGGUUCAGGUUGGGCUAUCCGCCGCCACCGGACAACACGUCGCCGUUCAUGACAUCGUCAGUUGGAAUUUCAGGGCCACCGUGGAGCAGACAAAUGCCGCGGCGAGGAGCAGGAAGGAGCUGGCCGGCAACAUUAUUCGUCAAUUUGUGUGAUUUUGUGAUGUGUGUGUGUGUGUGCAUGUGUGUCGUAAAUCAAUAAGGACUAAGCGAUCGAGUCUGCUUUGUGGUCUCUAUGUAUACAAAUAAGACGAUCAUAAAUCGGCCAUCUCUAUGUAUAAACUAUGCAGGGUGUGUCUAGUUUUGUGGUCUUUGCAAGGUAAUCUAUGGAAGAUUUCUAAAAGAACCUUUAUCGAACA